AUGAAGCGCACCUUGGGAGCGAUGCUUGAAUCGGACGAUGAUGAUGAAGAGCCUUCAAUGGGUCGACAAACCUUACCUGUAGCUAACCUACCGGAAACGUUCUCGGAUGAACCGAUGAAUGGUUUACAAUAUCUUUUCACUGUUCGGCGUGAUGCAAAAAGGCUCCCUUUUAUCACGCGUGCAGAGAAUCCAUUUCAAAAGCAGUCUGCUAAGGUAGCUGUGCAAGAAGUAGUUGCAGGUCCGAGUAAGCCUCGCGUUCAGCUACCAUCUGAAGAGUGGCGAGACGUGUUUAUUAAGAGAUUUAGGAAUUUUCGGAAGAACUCGAGUCAACCAACGAUCGGUGUAGCAAUCCCAUUCCCUUCAACAGGAAACUCCAAAGUCAUGCCAGAAAAGAAAGAACGUGAUAGGUGGUGGGACUUUAUCAAUGGCAAACCGGAAUGUGACUGGAACUCGCCGAAAAAUAAGAAACUUAAAAACUCGAGGCAAAUCCUGACCGAAUCCGCGCAACAACGACUUCAUCUCAAUCACAACCAUAUCAAUCGUGAUGACGUAUCACAAUAUGAAGUGCCUAUUACCGAAAAUGCUAUAGGAGAAACCGAAGUACGGGAAACCCUGGUUGUGAAUGAGUUCGGUGAAGUAGAAGAUGAACAGGCAGAUCAGAGUGGUAUUGCGGAGGAAAUGGACAUAAGUGCCGAGGAAGACGCUGCACCUCUGCCAACCCCAUUACAAACGCCACAACCUGAGUCGCCGCACGAACCUUCCAAAGGAGAACCAGGACGUCGCACAGGUGGACCUCGACAUCCGACACCUGCACUACUCAGAAAAAUGGAUAGCCGCUACUGCGUACAUCUCCUAAUGUACUUCCAGCACUGGCUAACUCAGCACCUCGAACAUCUCGAAUCCGGAUCCUCCACAUCCUCAUCCCAUUUCGCCCACCUGUCGCAGAAUCACGCACGGUGGAUGUUUGCGUUGCUCUCACGCGUAGACGAUCAACUCUCAAGUGACGAGUUGAGCACUCUACGGUCGCUUGCACGGGCGUGUAUUGCUUUUAUCAAAGAUCUUAACAAAAAUAAUCUGAAUCUCGUUGUAUCGGAAAGUAGUGUUGGUGAAGCGGUGGAAGGGAGCUCAGGUGUUCGAUGGAUAGGAGAUCCCGGAGAUGCACCAAUGGAUGAGAGGUCCUGUUGGAUGGUUGUUACUAUUAUUUCGGACUUUUGGGGACAGAGGGAUUUGUGGAUGGAUGCGGAGAGUACGCUUAACGGAUGA